UCUAGCUUAAAUCGGACGCCACCACUUAGAGCUUCUUUUAGGUUUACCCCGUACGCGCCACCACCGAUUAGUGUGUUAGAAUGGGCUGUACGGCAUCCAAGCUGGACAACGAAGACACAGUAAGGCGAUGCAAAGACAGGCGCCGCCUUAUGAAGGAAGCCGUUCACGCUCGGCAUCACCUAGCCGCUGCUCACGCCGAUUACUGCCGCUCUCUCCGUGUCGCCGGCUCUGCUCUCUCAACCUUCGCUGCUGGUGAACCCCUUUCCGUCUCCGACGAAACCCCCGCCGUCCUUAUCCAUCCCGCCGCACCAUCUCCGCCGACGCCGAUUAAUCUGAUCCCUCCACGUGACCCUUCGUAUCCGUCCUCCUCCUCCUCCCCUCCUCCUCCUCCUCCUCCUCCUCUAUCCCCUUCCCCAUGUUCUCCAACAAUUGCUAGUUCCAAACUCCCUCACAUACUCUCGGCUUCGAGCAUCCCAUCUCCAGCACCCAAUCGUCGUCGGCCACGUAAGGUUCCCCCGAAACUCCCUCACAUAUUGUCCGAAUCGAGUCCUUGUUCUUCUCCACAAAGCUCGAAAUCCGGUUUCUCCAACAACUUUUUCCCUACGGCUUAUCAAGCGAAUUCCACUUAUUCAAACACUCCUUCCCAGGCUUCUUCCGUUUGGAACUGGGAGAAUUUUUACCCUCCGUCUCCACCAGACUCCGAAUUCUUUGACCAAAAAUCACUACAACGAAAGCAGCAGCAGCAACAACAAUUAACUUAUCGCAAUCAUCAUUUGGAUUCAAACUACCCUGAAGAAUUGGAAGAUACUGAAACAGAAAAAUCAGAGUACGAUUUCUCUCGUCUACAUAACACGAACAAUCGUUUCAAUAACAAUUCCAUUAACGGCAAGAGUAAUUUCGACGAGGAAACCGAAAGAGAAGAAGUGCAAUGCAGUGAAUGGGGAGACCACGAUCGUUACACUACGACGAGUUCAUCGGAUGAAGACGAGGAAGAAGAUGAUGACGUGGCAUCCAGAUCCGAGUUUGGGAAUCGCUCCAAUUUUGGUUCGUCGAUGAGAGGGGAGUCGGAGAAGUUGCAUCAUCUUCAUAAUCAGACUCCUUCGCCGGUACAGCCGCAGCAGCAGAUUUAUGGGGCCGUCGCGAGGAAUAAAAUCGGCAGUAAGUCGGAACAUGCGGGAUCGUCGACGGAAAGUUAUAGAACGGGUGCUAUGAUGGAUAUGAAAAUGGUUGUUAGGCAUAGAGAUUUGAAAGAGAUUGUCGAUGCGAUCAAAGAGAAUUUCGAUAAAGCUGCCGCAGCCGGAGAUCAGGUAUCGGAGAUGCUUGAGAUCAGUAGAGCUCAGAUUGAUAAAAGUUUCAGGCAAUUGAAAAAGACGGUGUAUCAUUCAAGUAGCGUGUUCAGUAAUUUGAGCUCAAGCUGGACUUCUAAACCGCCGUUGGCGGUGAAAUACCGAUUUGACGCGACUGCGCUCAAUGAAACGGGCGGUUCAAAGAGCCUUUGCUCUACUUUAGACCGGCUCUUGGCUUGGGAGAAGAAGCUCUACGAGGAAAUCAAGGCUAGAGAAGGUGUAAAGAUUGAACAUGAGAAAAAGUUGUCAGCGUUGCAAAGUCAAGAAUACAAGGGGGAGGAUGAAACCAAGAUAGACAAAACCAAUGCAUCAAUAACAAGACUGCAGUCACUAAUUAUUGUCACGUCUCAGGCUGUCUCGACCACCUCUACUGCCAUUAUCGGGCUCAGAGACAGUGAUCUUGUUCCACAGCUUGUUGAACUUUGUCAUGGGUUCAGGUAUAUGUGGGGGUCGAUGCAUCAAUAUCAUGAAGUUCAGAACAAUAUUGUGCAGCAAGUCCGUGGCCUUAUAAACAGAUCAGGAAAAGGUGAUUCAACUUCCGAACUGCACAGGCAGGCAACACGUGAUCUUGAGUCAGCUGUCUCUGCCUGGCACUCUAGUUUCUGCCGUUUAAUAAAAUUUCAACGGGAUUUCAUCCGCUCCCUCCAUGGCUGGUUCAAGCUCACCCUUCUUCCUGUCAGCAAUGACUAUGUUGAUGUCAAUGGCAACACACAGCCCUCUGAUGCAUAUGCUUUUUGUGACGAGUGGAAGCUUGCCCUUGACCGAGUCCCUGACACAGUAGCUUCUGAAGCUAUCAAAAGUUUUGUCAAUGUUGUCCAUGUGAUAUAUGUUAAACAAUCAGAAGAGAUUAAAACUAAGAAGCGAACCGAAACUGCAUCGAAGGAUCUUGAGAAAAAGGCGUCAUCUCUCCGGAACAUAGAGAGGAAAUUCUACCACUCAUACUCUAUGGUUGGUAUCGGCCUUCCUGAUUCUGGGCCUGAUCAUGGGCAGGUACUGGAUGCUCGGGAUCCCCUUGCGGAGAAAAAAUCCGAGCUUGCAGCCUGUCAAAGGCGGGUGGAAGAUGAGAUGUUGAGGCAUGCCAAAGCAGUAGAGGUGACAAGAGCAAUGACUCUGAAUAAUAUUCAAACAGGCUUGCCAGGCGUUUUUCAAGCAUUGACCAGCUUUUCUGCCUUAUUUACCGAGACACUCGACUCGGUUUGCUCCCAAUCCUAUCGUAUCAAAUAGAUGAAUACAUUUUUCUUCCACACAUGAAUUUUUUAAGGUAAGUUGAAAAUUUAUAAGAGUUGGGGUUUGCUUUGGUUGUUGGCUCUUAUAGUUGUCGUUUAUUUUUGUGGGGGAAGUGUAAAUACAUGGGAGGUGGUCUUUUUGUGGUUUGGUCAAUUAUCAAUUGUCAAGCAAAGGCAAGUGUCUGUACAGGAAAUUGCCUUUCAUUCUUCAUUCUUGUAUCGCAAUAGACAAAAAAAAGGGCUGCAAUUUUAGCAAAUGAAUAAAUGCCCCUUUUUGUUUACAUAUUUUCUGGUGGGGGUUAUUUGUGGAGAGUAGGGACCAACCAAUGCAUUAUUGAUGGGAGGGGCCACUGGCUACUGGGCUGGCAAUGUUAAAAGCUCCAUUUAUCAUGGAAUCCAAGAUCCAGAAAAAAAGGGUUAUCAGGGGAAUCAUGCAGUUAGCCAUCAUCAUCCAGAGAGUUCGGUUGACCUCACCGGCUGCAAAGUAGGAUCUUCACCGCCAUUUUUAUAUAUUUUU